CGAGUAUAGAGAGGAGAAAGUAAAGUAAAACCCUUUCUCUUUGAAUCGAAGAAGAAGAAAGGGUAUAGCAAAAUCAUGGAGUCGUCGUCGUCGUCAUAUCCAAGUGCUUCUCGGAUCUCCGAUUCUAAUUGUUACCCUCAGUACUCUGCUUCUCUCAAGUGUCUAGAAGAAUUCAGCACUGAUAAGAGUAAAUGUCAGGAGCAUUUUGAUGUUUACAAGGAAUGCAAGAAGAAAGAGAGGGAAGCUAGACUGGAACGGAACAAGAACAGAUCCCUUUUCUCUUAGUAUUCUUUUACUACUAAAACACGCAGUACAAUGUAACAGUGACUAAAUUUCCUCAAAUCCUCCUUUUGGUUACAGACAUCUUGAUUUUUCAGUUUUUUAGCAAACUUGAUCAUAUCUCCAUGUUAGACGCAGCACUUAAAUGAAGCAUUCAUGCUUCUUGUUCUUUCAAGAAUUCAGUGGCAUUUUGUAUUAGUGUUAAAAAACCAGAGAUGACUGUACAAAAAAAUUGUUAUCUAACAAGUGCUGUAAUAAUACAUUAAAGUUGCUAGAA